GAUAAACUUAUUAAAUAGAGUUUGAAUGUCUUGAUAAUAAAAAAUCAAAACGCGAGAAUGGACGGUUAUCACGUGUUAGAGUUAAUAGGAGAAGGCUCGUUUGGAAAAGUCUACAAGGGUCGCAAAAAGUUUUGCGGACAGGUGGUGGCCAUGAAGUUCAUCAGCAAAAUCGGACGGACGGAGAAAGAGCUGCGUACCCUGAGGAGAGAGAUCGAGAUUAUGAAGUCAAUGCACCACGAUAACAUAGUCGAAAUGAUAGACACCUUCGAGACCCAGAACGAGGUAUGUGCCGUGACUGACUUUGCCGAGGGAGAACUAUUUCAAGUUCUUGAAGAUGACGGGACGCUACCAGAAGAGCAGGUUCAAUCAAUUGCUAGUCAGCUGGUGUCGGCGUUGUUCUAUCUACACUCACACAGGGUCAUUCACCGGGACAUGAAGCCGCAGAACAUCCUUCUCGGACGCUCUGGGCAAGUCAAGCUGUGCGACUUUGGAUUUGCCCGUGCGAUGAGCAGUAACACGUUGGUGCUGACGUCAAUCAAAGGCACUCCCUUGUAUAUGUCCCCUGAACUUGUGGAGGAGAGACCGUAUGAUCAUACAUCUGAUCUAUGGUCACUAGGAUGCAUUCUCUAUGAGUUGUUUGUGGGCCAGCCUCCUUUCUACACAAACAGCAUUUUCCAGUUGAUCAACCUCAUCGUGAAAGAUCCCGUAAAGUGGCCCAAGAAUAUGAGUUCCGUGUUUAAGGAUUUCCUGCAAGGACUGUUGACCAAGGAUCCCAGAAAGAGACUCGCGUGGCCACAUCUGCUAAAUCACCCCUUCGUCAAAAACCACGUCAAUGUUCGGGAGUCAAUCAACGUGGCACCGGAGCCCUUUACAAAAGAACUGAGCUCAGAGAUGCAGGAGGCACGAGAAGCGGCCAUUCGAGACUACAUGGGAAAACACAAGGGGGCUCCGAGGAAACUCAUCAACAAGGCCAGACAGAAAAUGAAGGAGGCUGGCGUUGUUCCGGAGGAGGUGCCGGAUAAAGAGGCAAAGCCGGAUGAUGUUCCGCAGCUUCCGAAGGACUCUAUGGAAGAGAAGAAUGUAGAAAAUGGGCAGCCGGAUACGGCUGAUGCAGCAGAUGGGGAGCUAAAGGAAUUAGGAAAACAGAAGACAGUGCCUGCCGGAAAUAACGCUGGUACUAAGCCCAUCGAAGUGGAAAGUGUUAAGCUUCCUGAGCUGAAUCUAGAACAGAAGAGUAACCCCAAAUCAAAAGACACCUGGACAGACUUGAUGGAGCUAACGAACCCCUCAAAUGAAGCAGAGUAUACUUUGGAAGAUGUUCUAUCCCACCUGUCGAAAGCGCGCGAGGAUAUUGAGAAUACGUUCUUGAUGACAGAAAAAGUGGACUGGGAUGAUGAAAAGAGCGUCCAUGUGGUGAAAUUUUCACUCAGAGUCACGACCAAUGUUCUAAACACAAACAUGGAUUCUGCGGACGUGAACUCAUUUGUGAAGGCCCUGCAGAUCCCCAGCUACCACCUUGUGUUAAUGGGCAAAGUACUGGAAGCAGCGGGAGAUUCAAAGAAUGAAGAGGUGGUGUCAUCCGUGUUGACUGAACUGCUGACAGUGUUUGCAUCUUUUCUCACUGUGGACGUGUCUGGAAGUGAGGAGAGCCUGAAUGAUCUGGUAGCAGAAGGCGGCCUCCAGUUCCUAUCUCUCCUCCCACAACUGCUCAAUAGUCACCCCCUCCUGGCUGACUCACUGAAAGUGCACUUGCAGGUGUUAUAUUGCGUGAUGUACUUGAUGGAAAGUGUGCACAAGCUACUGUCCCACGAGAAGGCAAUCUCUUUUCUCUCUGAGUGCUGCAGGGCAAUGAAGCAGGCCGACUCAGACUCGCACUCGGAGCUUCCUCUGGCCCUGUCAUUACUCUCAUGCAUUAAAGAUCCGAAGGGAAUGGUGGCACAGCUGCAGAUAAGAAAUCAAGAGCAGGAGGAGAAGUGUGUGCAUUAUGUGGGGGUGGUAAUAGCCUGUCUGGGUAGUUUCGUCUACAACAACAUAUCAGAAGACCAUUUUGGACCAGUCAAGAGAAAAAUGAGUGUUAUCUUUGUGAACGAAUUGCUCACGGAGAAAUGCGAAAGUCAGUUGAGGAUACUAAUUGAACAGUGCAGUUCAGUUGUGCAUGCGGAGAAUGCAUUGAAAGUGGUCUAUGCCCUGUGUCAGAACUCGACCUCAUUCUGUGAAACGGCAGUGGCACUGGGAGUGAUUGAGACGGCAGUCAUGAUCAUCACUGGACAGAUUGAGUUGAAUGAAGUCAUUGUGAAUUCUGCUAUCGAGCUGAGUCUUCACACUCUGACUACCAUCAUCCUUCAGUUGGAGACAGUUCCUGACCAACUGCAGAUGGCCAAUGAUUCAGUGUCCAAGUUCUACGUAGAAAGUCAGAUCGCCAUUCAUUCGGCAUGUGCUGCCCUGCUUGUGAGUCAGAUGCUGUCGUUUGGGGUGGGAAUAGAGAUGCACCCUGAGGACCUUUUAGAGGCCAGUCUGUGUGUGUUGACUGACUUGGAGGGUGUCUAUAUUAAGUUCCCCUUCGACUAUGGAAUACUGGAUGGGCUACUCAUCCUACUCAACCAUUACAUCACAUCCGGCGACGCAUCAUCCAUCCGCUCGAUGAUUCAAAUCGGAGUGUGGGUCACGUGCUGGCAGAGGAUGUCACAAUGUCUAAACAUAGCCACAGACGAGGACUCCGUUGAAUCUCAGCAGCAGAAUCAGGAGUUCACGUCUAAGACAGGUGCUAAUCUGAAUGGGACAUUUUCAAAAACUACCACCACGCAUUCUGCUGAGAGUGGUUGUGUGAUGAAGCAAGAACCAGUCUGGGCAUUAGUGUCUCCGAGAGGAAUUGUGGCUAUUCUGCAGCUGGCAUCAGUCGUUUUUUCGCAGGAGCCAUUCGAGUGUGCCUCGAUGUUUGCGGACGAGGAUAACGUUCUAGUCCAGUGUCUGUUCUCCCUCAUCUCUAAGCCCUUCUUCGAGUACCUCCACUGCAGCACCUUCUCCUCCCAAGACACAGAACAGCAGGCCAAUCUGUCCCUGUCUACAGCUGUGUUUCCAGUGGCACAUGUGGCCCACAAGAUGAGUGUGGAUAUUCUGCAACUGUUCUGUCUCCCAUUUGCUGUCCACAAUGACCAUGUGUUGACACAAGUGUGCGCAAUUGCGGCUAGCCAUGAUUUCUUUGGGUCAUUGAUUCACUGCAUGACUCAAACUCUGAAUGACGAGGAUCUCGAGAUACCCGUUGGCUUACUAUCUCAGCUGGUGCUCACAGAUGAGUUCUUUCUGGAGAAGUUCGUCGCCACUUUCGCAGCUAACUCUGAGCUGGAAUUAUUUUUGCAAUCUUGUCUGGGAGCUUGUCUGACCACCAGUUCCAAUGCAACUCCAGACCCGGAUGCCAAUGAUGUGCCCCAUGAAGGGAAUGGAGUGAAAAAUGCACUGGUGUCGAGUAAUGAACAAGUCUCUGCUGAUAUUUUGGCCAUACUGGCUCAUACUACUCGAUCAUCUGCAAACAGCUACAUCGAGUUCACAAACAAAAUCAUCCAGGGUCCCAAAGGCGACUACCACACACUGAAAGAGUUGAUGGUUCGCGAUGAUCUGAAUGUGGUCUUGGCCUCCAGAUCUUGUGCCUUAUUGGGCAACAUGAUGAAGUACAAGAGUGACUUCUCUUUAGUGCUGAAGAAACACCCUCCUCUGUUGGAUAGCAUAGUGCGCUGUCUUCAGAACGAGGACUCAAAUGUCAGAAAAAGUGCAGUAUAUGUGACUGGUAACGCAGUGUUCCACACUCAGGAACUGUAUGGCCUAGUAUCGUGUGCAAUUCCCCAUCUAGUUAAUCUGCUUAAGGACACCUUCGCCAAAACACGCAUCAGUGCAGCAGCCGCUCUGGGCAAUCUCUGUCGUCAUUCUGGAGUGCUGGCCAAUCACAUGCUGAAAAGCAAUGCAAUCUCACUGUUGAUUGAAGCUAGUGUUUCUGAUGCAAACUUUGCUGUCCGAGAGAGCUCUUUGACUGCUUUAAGGAUAAUGUCCUCCCAACAGUCUUUACUCGAGGAAAUGAAAAAAAAUGAUUUCAAAUCAAAGCUCAAAAAACUGCAGCAUGAAGUGACAACAGAGGAAAAGCGAGCUCGACUGUCAUCCAAAAAUUCCUUAACUACAGAUCGUAAUGCUUCUUCGCGCGUCCAAAGUGCCUUCACGCGAGAUCCGAGUAGCCUGGGAAGCGCAAGAAUAGACACGAGCAGACCUUUGACCUCUGUUGGCGGCCAGAAUGCGGUUAAAAUUGCGACUAGCUUAGGCCAUAUAAUUCCCCAUUCAGCUCCAACUACAGCAAAGCCACUUCCUGUUCAGAUCUCUAGCCACUGUAACGUCUUGAUGAGUCUUCUCAAUAACUGAAAUGAGACAAUUACUCUAGGUUUAUUUCAGUAUGUGUUUAAUUUUGUUCAAGUUUAUGCCUGAUGUAAAUGUGUAUAAAUGUUAAAUAGAAA